CUCUUCUUGCCAGAUAAUUGGGAUACUGCGACAGAGAGCUUGGACCCAGGACUCAGUCGACGUGGGAUGGAUAUCGCAAUGUCCGCACAUCCCUUCUUAGGAUGCCCGCCGCAAACCCCUCCCGAAAUUCAGGACCUUGUACACAACGAAGAAAAGCGCACUCAAGCCAGCGUAAGUAGAAGUGAGGCAUCAGAGAAGGUCCUUGCUUCGCGCGACUUACACGCGUUACAAAAUGUCGCGUCUAUGGUGAUGCAGAAAAAGGCGAAGGAAGUGUGUCUUAUCGGUCAAGGUGGCUUCAACCAGGUCUUUGCAAUUAUCUUCGAAGACGGAACUGACAUCGUUGCGCGCAUCAAUGGUAGCCGCGCCUUACAAGAUUCAGACAAGCCGCGAGCCGAAAUAGUACGCCGCAUCCGAAGUGAAUUCGCGACAAUUAGAUACAUACAGGCAAAUACGACGAUUCCAGUCCCCGAGAUCAUCUUCCUAGAAAACGACUUCGACAACGACGUCGGUGCGCCGUACAGUCUGCAGAAACGUAUCAUUGGACGCAUGAUUUCUGACAUAUGGCCUAGCAAGUUCAAUCCUUCUUGCAUGAAUGGCGAACAAGCUAUCUGCGCAAUCGAGCAAGUUGCAGAUUUUGAAUGUCAGCUAUCGCGAUUUUCCAACUUUGAUUCCAUCGGAAGCCUCGAAUACGACGAAGUCAAAAAUGAAUUCCGUGUCGGGCCAGUCACACCAUUACAGAAAUUGUCGACUCUUCCUGGAUUCUAUCCCGGUCCUUGGAAAUCCUCAAUCGAGUAUCUCCGCUCUUUGAUAUCUACACAUAAAGCCACUCUACAACAAUCAGACUGGUUGGAAAACCGUCGCGCCUUCUUCACGUAUAUGAACAAGGCUAAUAGUCCAAAAAUUGAGGAUAUUGAUAUGGAGGCUCGCUCUGAUCAUACACACUUUAUAACCUGGUACAAUAUGUUGGAGGCCAACCUGGACCAUUUGGAUCUUAGUCCAUUUGAUCCACCGCAUUACCCAUUUGUCUUGUUACAUGAAGAUUUGAAUAUUGGUAAUGUCAUGGUGGAUUACGAGGACCCCACAAAAGUAGUUGCAGUCAUUGACUGGGAGGGGAGCCGCGUAGUUCCGUUUUGGGUUGGUAACUUCUAUAGUAGCUUUCUCAACGAGUCCGACUACAGCAAUGAUCCUAAGGAGCAAGAAAUCUAUUGUCGAAUGGUAGAGACUCGUGAUGAAACCAGGAAGAAAAAUCUUGAUCCAUCUCUCUGGAAUGAGAACACCAUUCCGGUAUUGCGCAGCUUAUUCAACCUGUAUCAACUUGUUUCAUUGCCGCCCACUUGUAUUCCUGUGCCUCUCUUCAGUACAUUGCUACAGAAUUUUUUAGCAAGUCGCCCCCAGGACGAGGUUGACAUGUUCCGUCCCAUGUUAGAACUUGGUUUGGGACAUGCAAAUGAAGCCUCAAAAGCAAUGGCUCGUCGUUUUGGUGGUUAAUGAUGUCGAUAUCAUUCUACCCUAUUCUACCUCAUCAUGGGCUAUCACAGGUUCGCGCACUUUGCAUAACUAUAGAGCUACUUGUAGGUAUUGUAUCAUGCAAAGGAACAGUUCGAUUCGACAUGAUGGUUGAGCAGGA